AUGGCGUCCGCAACGACCUUUUACGACUUUGAGCCCGCCGACAAAAGGGGCGAAGCAUUCCCGCUCUCGUCACUGAAAGGCAAAGUCGUUCUCGUCGUGAACACAGCCUCGAAAUGCGGCUUCACACCCCAAUUCGAGGGCCUCGAGACCCUGUACAAAACGCUGAAAUCCAAAUACCCCGACGACUUCACCAUCCUCGGCUUCCCGUGCAACCAGUUCAACUCGCAGGACCCCGGGUCCAACGAUGACAUCCAGUCGUUCUGCCAGAUCAACUACGGCGUCACGUUCCCCGUGCUGGGCAAGCUAGAUGUCAACGGCGACAGCGCGGCGCCCGUGUGGACCUGGUUGAAGGAGCAGAUGCCCGGCCUGAUGGGGCUGAAGCGCGUCAAGUGGAACUUUGAGAAGUUCCUUGUCUCGGCGGAUGGCAAGGUUGUUGCGCGCUGGGCGACUACCACUAAGCCGGAGGCCCUGGAGAGUCCUAUUGUUAAGGAGAUUGAGAAGGCGAAGAAGGAGGGUACGUUGGCUUCGGCGAGUCAGCCCCAGGAAGGCUCGGAGCAGGCGAAGCUGUCUUGA